CAAACAUUCAAUGCGCACCGGGAACAAUAUCACUGUCGCUUGGCAUUGGGUCGAUCGAUUGCAGAUGAAUGUUGAGGAGGGUGGUCUUCCCCAUCAAGUAAAGAAACGCGUGCAUAAUAUCAUACGAUCCUGGGGCCUGAUCUGAUAGUGUUGUGAAUCUUGCAGGACGUAAGAAGGUGAAGCGACGGGAAUGAGGGAUAAGGUUUGUGCUCGGGAUAUCGAUGGACGAGCGAACCUCGCCCGUUCGUGUUGCGACACGUGACUACGUGAUAAGGCAGGCGCGAUAAGACGCGAGGCGGGUGCGCUGGAGUCAGAGCCUUUGGUUUGUUUGGGGAACGGGUGGGACUCGACAACCAGGCAGACGCAGGAGCAACAACAACGUCUGUCUUUACACUUGAUUUUUUUUUUGCUUCACAUCACAGCCCCCGUAUAUUGUCGGUUGCAUUUUAGGAUAUUGAGUCGCGAUGGGCGCACCGCCUGGGAGUCAAGUCGCUCCGCUACCAUCUAAUCUACCCUUUCGUCUUGUCAGCAAAACAAUAGGACAGGGCGCUUACGCAUCCAUACGAAAGGCGGUACCCCACGAUAAGCCCAAACCCGUCAUCGCGAUCAAGUUCAUCAAUAAGGAACAUGCAUACAAGCAGGGCCGCCUCUCGCCGAAACAGAUCAAGAUGGAGAUAGUCUUGCAUCAACAUCUCGGCAAGCAUCAGAACAUCGUACACCUUCUUGGCUCGGGCGAGGAUGCGUUGUGGACAUGGAUAGCUAUGGAGCUCGCUGAUGGCGGCGAUCUCUUCGACAAGAUCGAGGCUGAUGAAGGCGUGGGGGAAGACAUCGCACACUUCUACUUUUCCCAGUUGAUCAGUGCUGUUGGAUACAUGCACUCCAAGGGUAUCGCACACCGCGAUAUCAAGCCUGAGAAUGUGCUACUAAGUGCUGAGGGAGACUUGAAGCUUAGUGACUUUGGGCUAGCAGCACUGUUCAAGAAGGACGGGAAAGCGCGAUUGUGCAACACUGUAUGUGGCUCACCGCCAUACAUCGCCCCCGAGAUCGUCAGUGGGAGACGAAGCAAGAGAGCAGAUAUGCUCGAUGUUGGCUACCAUGCCAACAUUUGCGACGUCUGGAGCUGUGGUGUUGUAUUGUUCGUUCUGCUGGUUGGUAACACGCCAUGGGACGAACCCACGAUGCGGAGUGAGGAGUUCAAGGAGUACGUCGAAACAGAUGGACACACCACAGACGAACUGUGGCAACUCGUACCUCCAGAGAUUAUCUCUCUACUUCGAGGGAUGUUGAAGCUGGACCCUGCGUCACGGUUCACACUUGACGAAAUCCGAAGGCAUCCGUGGUUCAGGCGGCCAAAUCCAUAUCUAUCUCCAAGUGGAGGUAAUGCCAACCCUGUUGGUAUGGCUACACAGAUGCUGUCGCAACUUCGCAUCGACUUCGCUCGCGGGCCAACGCAGUCUCAAAGAGGGUUUUCGCAAGACCCCGACGCCAUGGAUAUCGACACAUCGCCGAGGCGCUCGAGUGCAAACCCUGCGAACGCUGUCAAUCUCCUCUCCGCGACUCAGCCCGAGAACCCAGCAGGCGAUUCUGUCUUUGACUGGGAACGACCGCCUCGCCUAGCUUCUCACGACGGAGUAUCGGCUUCUCAGCCUAUGGGCAAUAAUCAGCGCCCGGUCUAUCAAUCACAGGAUGCUACUUCGACCCCUUUUAUGUCACAGCUCCCACCCUCGACACAGGACAUGCUAUCUCAGGAUCCGGGCAUGGCACAGUUCACUGCAAACCCGCAGGUGCCUUUGACACUGACGCAGAUAGCGCGCCGAUUCGCAGACGUUAUGCCUUCGUACUCACUCGCACGCUUUAUAUCGCCACAUUCUCUGACGUUCCUCGUCCCACUCCUACUCGAGGCCUUGCAUCGGCUUGGUGUACCACCACCAGCUUUCAAUGAACAACAGAUUGCGCAGUGUGAGUUAGAGGAGAACGCGAGUAUCAGGGUCAAGAUGGCCGACGGGCGGCGACAAGGCCUGAAUGGACACAUCGUGAUUGAGAAGGCUGUAUAUGAAGGCAUGGCCUACAGCGAGGUCAGAUUUGUGAAGGCCAGUGGAGACCCUCUCGAAUGGAGGAGAUUCUUCAAGAAUGUUGUAAUUCUAGUAGGCGAGGUGGUUUUGAGGCCUGGUUAACCCGAGAUGUGGAAGUAAUGCUCAAUGAUGACGAUACAUGUAGCCUUUAUUAGCGUGUCGCUGCUCAACAG